AUGCGAUGGAAGCACACCCAUAUCCACUCCAGCACGCCGAACCUCGGUUUACAACAGUACGCGUUUAGACAUACCAACUUGGCCGCGUAUUCUACGUUGGGUACACAAACCCUUAGUGUUUGUGUAGUACACAGCUUAGCGCGAAAGCGGCGCUGUUCUUCUGCAUCCAAUCGUACGCCCGCGUCGCUCUGUUAUCGCCGACCUCGUCACUCUCAACGGGGCGAUCACAAUACUAAAGUAGAGUAUGCUUCAGGUGUGUGGGUCUUAGAAGAGAAGGCGUUGGUUUGGGAACAUGAGCAGGGGGGACGCCGGAACUGUGCGUAA